AUGGGCGCCCUGCACUGGUGGGACCAGCUGCAGGCUGGCAGCUCGGAGGUGGACUGGCGCGAGGACAACUACACCAUCGUGCCUGCUGUCGCCGAGUUCUAUAACACGAUCAGCAAUGUCUUAUUUUUCAUUUUACCGCCCAUCUGCAUGUGCUUGUUUCGUCAGUAUGCAACAUGCUUCAACAGCGGCAUCUACUUAAUCUGGACCUUGGUUGUAGCGGGAAUUGGAUCCGUCUACUUCCAUGCAACCCUUAGUUUCCUGGGUCAGAUGCUUGAUGAACUUGCAGUCCUUUGGGUUCUGAUGUGUGCUUUGGUCAUGUGGUUCCCCAGAAGGUAUCUACCAAAGAUCUUUCGGAAUGACCAGGGUAGGUUCAAGGUGGUGGUCUGUGUCCUGUCUGCAGUUACCACGUGCCUGGCAUUUGUCAAGCCUGCCAUCAACAACAUCUCUCUGAUGACCCUGGGAGUUCCUUGCGCUGCACUGCUCAUCACAGAGCUAAAGAGGUGUGACAACAUGCGUGUGUUUAAGCUGGGCCUCUUCUCGGGCCUCUGGUGGACCCUGGCCCUGUUCUGCUGGAUCAGUGACCGAGCUUUCUGUGAGCUGCUGUCAUCCUUCAACUUCCCCUACCUGCACUGCAUGUGGCACAUCCUCAUCUGCCUUGCUGCCUACCUGGGCUGUGUAUGCUUUGCCUACUUUGAUGCUGCCUCAGAGAUUCCUGAGCAAGGCCCUGUCAUCAAAUUCUGGCCCAGUGAGAAAUGGGCCUUCAUUGGUGUCCCCUAUGUGUCCCUCCUGUGUGCCAACAAGAAAUCAUCAGUCAAGACCACGUGA